GCAAUACUAUAUUUGAUAUACAAUGUAUGAGCAACGUGUCGAAGAAAUCGCCACUCUGCGUAUAUUGCUGCUGGGCGAUCCAGGUGUUGGCAAAACAAGUCUCUCCAACUUGCUGGCAUCCGAAAUAUCGGAAUCAGCACAGCAAAGCACCGGCUCUGACUGGUGGACGGUUAAGGUGGGGUUGCAUGAGUGUCCUUGUAAUAAAUAUAAGCCACCUACACCCAAGUUUCCGACACCGCCAUGGACAUCUUCAUCAUCGAACUCCUCAAAUAUGUCAACAUGCAAUGACACUUGCGAUAAUUUAUAUUUUAUAGAACUCUAUGAGCUAACCAGUAAUGCGCUGAGGUGUCCGGAGAAAAGGAGACUGCUUUAUCGUAGCGUGGAUGGUAUUAUACUGAUUUAUAACAUGAUGGAUAUGACAUCGCACGAUAAUCUACAUGAUUGGCUAAAUGAGCCGUUGCGUUACUCUAAAAAGCCUCGUCUGUGCGGCCAUCGUAGGCGGGAGUUGUCCCGAAGCCGUGAUCUCAGCCAUGUGCCAAUGCUGGUGGUGGGCACCAGAGUUGAUUUACUCACGAGCCGUCGUCUACGACGUGCUGGCGGAAUUGCCGACCAGUGCGAGGCGGAGGAACUAUUCCUUAAUUGUCUUGAUGCCAGCAGCAUGGCUCCAGAUUCGCGCAAUUUUGCGAAAGUACGUCGAUUCUACAAUAAGGUCAUUGACUACAAGGCAACCCUCAAAUCGCGAUGCUACUGAAAUAGAAUACUUUAUAUAUUUUAUAAUUACUUAUAUUAUUAUAUCAUUGUUAUUUAUUUUAUUCAUUAAUCUUUA